UAUCAGGGCUUGGCACGUUUGUUUGAGCGCUUAUCCGUGCCUGCACCUUGCAAAGCUGCAUCCUUCCCCGGCUUAAAAAGGAAAUCUGCAUCAACAAGGCACUCGGGGAAAAAAAAAACUUUUUAAAGAGCCAAACGUCGACGAAUGGAGGUGACAGAAAAUGGCUCCGUUCAGAUGUCUGCGGCGCUCAGCGGAUAAAACACAGUGGAUUCUCAGAGCGGCAAACAGCUGGUGUCGUGCCCUUCAGGCUGAUGAGAGGUACCCUGGCUAACAGGGUCAAGUGAUGGAGAAAGUCGAGAGGUGUACUCCACAUAUCUCCGGGGAUGGCUGCAGCCCUGUGAAGACGGAGCCAGGACUGGUCAGCGAGACCCCCACUAACGAGGGAGCUGGGGUAGACAUCAGGACCCCAGCGCAGCUCUCUCCCCAAGGAGAUGCCGCCCAGCAGGAGGAUGGGGGCUGUCCGGAGACGGGGCUGAGCUUGUCGGAGGGGCUGGCGUUGGCUGUGCCGGUCAUCAGCUUGGGUCACUGCAAGCUGCACCCGCUGAGCGGUGCCCACCCGGUGAAUGGCGGGCCGCGGACCACCCAACUGACCGCCCUGCACCCCAUGCCCUCCCUGGUGCCCGGCUCGGAGGGCAGGAUGGUGCAGCUUUCCACCCACCCCGUGGCAUCAAUGGUCGGCUCGCCCUAUGGCCCCCACCCCAUCAUCAACAGUACGUACAUUGGAGCAACAAGCACCUUCAGCAUGUUUCCAAACAGCAGGAUCAAAAGGAGAUCAUCACAUCAUUAUGAAGUGGAGAUGCGUGCAGGCCCGCCCCAGAAGGUGGUCCGCCGCAUGUUCACCAACAGCCGCGAGCGGUGGAGGCAGCAAAACGUGAACGGUGCAUUCUCCGACCUCCGCGGGCUGAUCCCCACCCACCCCCCGGACAAGAAGCUGAGCAAGAACGAGAUCCUGCGGCUGGCCAUGAAGUACAUCGACUUCCUGGUGCAGCUCCUGGAUGACCAGAGCGGCGAGCGGGAGCGUGAGCGGGAGCCCGUGGACGGAGCGUGGCCCAGGGCCGGGUGGCGGGGGGCUGGUGAAGCGGCGGUGGGGCAGUCACCGCGGGCCACCUUGCCCGGCCCCCUGGCCUCACCGGUCAAGCUGGGGCUGGCGGACAUGGCGGCCAUGGCUGUACGGAGGCAGCUCUCCACCAUCGCCAACGGCAACGGGACGCCGUCGCCCACCGCCGCCAGUCCCUACGGUAACGUCUGCAGCCCCAACACUGAGGGGGAGGAGGGGGAAGAACAGGAACACUUGAUAAAGACAGAACCAGAGGUGGAACAACCCAGCCUGGUCUCGGCCGUGGCCCAGAGAUGAUAUGGAGCGGCUCAGAGGACACCAUCACUGUAAAAGCUCCAGGCCCAGAGCACGCCACACUCCUGCCCAAAGAUCUUUGCCCCUGGACAAAGAGCCACAGUACUGACGGCAAACAGGGACACUCAGCGAUGGGUUUGACUCCUGCCCUCAUGGGCCAUUGGCCUAGUCUACAGCCUGGACCUACCAUGGAUAAUUCAGUGAUACAGUAUUACCACGACUGCCUAGGUCACAGUCAGAUGCUUUGUUUUGUGGACAACCCAGAGACACCAGUGUUGCCAUGUCUCAGCACUGACAAAGUUACAACAGUUCACCGAACGGUCUCAUCUACUGCCCG